AUGGUCACAGCGACGGAUUCCCAGACCAAGUCCUGUGGCCGUCCCCAGGCCUUUCUCGCUGGGCUGCACCUUCAGGCCCUCUGCCAAGCCCCUGCCCCCAGACGGGCAUGGGGCGUGCAGUGGGGCGCGCAGGCGCCAGGGGGCGCUGUCGGGGCGCGAACGGCCCACCUGGCACCCGAGGCCACGAGCGAGAGCCGCCUGGCCGCCCGGGAACUUUUUUCCUCGCGCUCUCGCUCUCCUGCUCCCCCCGCACGUCGCCCGCCCGCCGCUCUUCCUGUGUGGAGGGGAUCGCAUUUCUCUCAGGCUCCCGCGGGCAUCAGGCAGGCCCGUCAGGGUGCGCGGUCAGGGCCCGCUACGCGCGCCGCCGGCUCCCGGCGCCCCGGUGCCGCCCCCGCUCGCGCCUGGGCUCGGACAGGCCGCUUGCAGAGCCAGGCGGUGGUGGUGGUGGCGGCGGCGGCGGCCGCCAGGGUAGCUGGCUGCCUUGUCGAGGUCCGAGGAGGGGGCGCCGCGGCCCACCCUCCUUCCCGCCUGGGCGGCCGCCGCGCCGGACACCCAUGGGCGCGCGGGCCUCCGGGCCGCGAAGUCGCAGCGCCGGACGCCGGGCCCCGGAGUGACCGCGGGCGCCGAGGAUCUCAUCUGGCGGUUGGGUACUGGAAGAAGCGAGGGGGAGAGCGCAACGUUGCAGAGAGACGGCAAGAGAAAGGGAGACUGCGAGACGCGCCACGCCGGCGCCCCAAGACCCAGGAGGAGCCCGCAGAAACUUCUUCGUGCUGCAAAGAACCUUGGCAAUGA